AUGUCUUCCGUUCCGUCGAAUCACGCGGAGCCGGCAGCGAGUGCGUUUCUGGGCUUCGACGACGCGGACGAUCUGCGCGCGGAUGCUCCACUCGCACCCCCUCGCCCCGCCUCGUCCUCCGCCGCCGUCGCCGCACCUCUCCUCCCCCCCGCGGCUGUGCCAUUCUUCGACUCCCCGCUCGCGUCAGCGGCACCCGCGCCACCCGUUCCCCUCGCGCCGGCAUCCCCCACCUCGUCCUGCUCCUCCACCUCCUCCUCCUCCGCGCCCGCCGCGCGCAAGCUAACGUCGCCCCGGCUUGGAGGCAAGCCCGCAGGCAAAGGCAGGCUGCUGGGGGCCGUGCCCAGACGGCUGUCCGCGCCGCAGCUGAGUGCUGCGAGCAGUGGCGGCGGGCCUGGCGGUGAGAAGCAGGCGCAGGCGGCGGAGGAGCAGCAGGCGAGGGAUGCGCAGAUGGAGCAGGCGAGGGAGCGGGAGAAGCAGCGGCAGUUGGAGGAGGAGAGUCGGAAGGAGCGGGAGCAACAGGAGCGCGAGCGGUUGGAGCAGUUGCGGAAGGAGGAGGAGAGGAGGGAGAGGGAGCGGUUGGAAGAGGAGCGAAGGGAGAAGGAGAGGAAGGAGAAGGAGCGACAGGACCAGCUUAGGGCUGAGCGCGAGAGAAAGGAGAAGGAGCGGCUUGAGCGGCUUAGAGCAGAGCAAGAGAGGAAGCAAAGGGAGAGGGAGGCGCAGUUAAAAGCCGAGCAGGAGAGGAAGGAAAAGGAAGAACGACUGGAGCAGCUUAGGUUGGAGCAGGAGAGGGAGGAAAAGGAGCGGCUGGAUCUUUUGCAAAAAGAAGAGGAAAGGAGGGAGAUGGAGAAACAGGAACAGUUAAGAAUCGAGCGUGAAAAGGAGGAGAGAGAGGAGCAGGAGAAGACAGCGAAGCAAAUGCAAGAACGGAUGGAGAAGGAACGGAUUGAGAGGGAACGAUUGGAGAAGGAACGAUUGGAGAAGGAACGAUUGGAUAAGGAGAAGAGAGAGGAAAGGGAGCGAGAGGAGAAGGUAAGGAAAGAGCUAGAGAGAAGGCAGAAGGAGGAACAGGAGCAGCAAAGGCGGAAGGAAAUGGAGCGGAAAGAGAAACUGAAGGCAGAGAGAGAACGGUUAGAGUGGGAAAAGCGGGAGCAGGAGCGGAUCGAGGAGGAGAAGAAGGAGCAGGAGAGGCGCAAGGAACAGGAACGGAAAGAAAGGGAGCGGCAGGAGGAAUUAAGGAAGGAAGAGGAACGGAAGGAGCGAGAACGGCACGAGUGGCUUCGGCGAGAGGAAGAGAGGAAGAAGAAGGAUCGACAGGAGCAGUUGCGACGAGAACGAGAGAGGAGGGAGCAGGAGAGGCAGGAGCGUUUGGAGCAGCAGCGCAGGGAGCGCGAGCAGAAGGAGCGCGAGAGGCAAGAGAUGGAGCGCAGGGAGAGGGAGAGGGAGAGGCAGGCGGAGGAGCAGGCGCAGGAGAUGAGGAAGCAGCGCACGAGGCCCGCUGCUGAAGGCGGUGGGCUGGCUGGCAGCGCGUGUGCCAACGGGCGGGAAGGCCCUGCCGGGUAUGCUGCGGAGGGUGGCGCCAAGGUGGGUCGCACUCAUGCUGACGUGGCUGCUGGCGCGGCUGCGCGGCUGGCUGCAGGCGAGGAGGCCAACGGCGAGCAGCGGAAGGGGCAGAGCAAGAAGGGCGGGGGCGGAGGGCAUGGCGAGGGCUGGGCGGGAGAGGGUGACGGGUGGGGGAGCAUAGACGAGGGUGAAGACUGGGGGAUCGCGGACAGAUUCAUUGCGGAGAGGCCCCUGGGGGAGCGCGCGUAUGCGCGCACCAGCAGCUUCCAGGGCGUUGGAUCCGCUGCCAUGAGCGGAGAGGCGGGCGCGCAGGGAUUGAGGCAGCACGGGGAAGGGUGGGGAGGCCUGGGCGGGGGUGCGUGGGGCGGGUUCGGGGUGGGGGGAGUGGGCGCGCGCAUGGCGCGGCCGGCGACAGCGGGGGGGCGGAGGGAGGGCACGUGGCCGCUGCUGGGUUCGCUGGUGAAGGCGGCGUCUGACGUGUCUGCGUGGUCGUCUGACGUGCUGCUGACGGCGCAGCCCGGGGAGGAGGCAGGGGAUGGUGCAGGCGCGCGCAGGGAAGGCGUGCAGGGCGGGCAGGAUGGGCAGGGGGUGCUGGGCGGGGGGGGUGAUGUGAAAGAGGAGGGCGUGGGUGGAGCUGUUAGCGGGCGGGGAGGGGACGGUGUGGGGGAGGACAAUGAGAGCAAGAUCCGCAGUCUGUUUGACAAGGCUGGCGCAGGGCGCGAGGGCCCUGGCGCUAAGCUGGGCUCGCAGGUCAUCAACCAAGGCGCGUUGGCCCUCAAGGGCCUCGCCAUGCCCGUGCUCUCCAUGCUGGGAGGCGCAGCUGCGGACCCAGCCACUGCCGCCUCCGCUGCCCCAGCAGCACCUGCUGCUGCUGCUGCUGCUGACGGCGCCAAGCCCACAUGGGGUGCGGCGAGCGCAGCUGGCUUUGCUUCUUGGAUGGGCGAAGGAGACGAGGGUGGCGAGAGCGCGGCAGAUGUUGGGGCAAAGGGCGGGGCUAGCGGCAGGGAGACAGGAGGAGCUGGGGGGAGGAAGCAGCUGGGGUGGGAGGACCUAGUGAGCAUGGACUUUGGGGGCGUGGGGGAGGACCCGGACGAGGGGGGCGCAGAUGGGGGGGCGUCGGGCGAGGUGGGUGUACUGGCCAUGCUGCAGAGAGGACUGGCGGACGAGGAGGAGGAGGACGAGGACGAGGAGGAAGAAGAGGAUGUGAUGGCAGCGCUGGCGAGCGGCAGUGCAGUGCGGCUGGGGGCGCCCAUGAUGGCGUCGGUGGCGUCUGCAGUGUCAGCUGCUGCCACCCGCCUGCUCAAGGCCACUGCCAGUGAGGAGGACGCUGCCGCCUUCUUUGCUGCUGUGGACCGCGAUGCCGUCCGCCCUGCCCCACCUGCCGCCGCCGCUGCUGCCCUUGCAGGAGCCACGCAGCAGCUGUUGCCGGGUGUGGGUGCACUGGGCGCUGCUGGUUCAGGAUCCGCGGAGUCAGGGCCUGCUAGGGUUGUGGAGGGUGGUGUUGGCGUGGGUGGGGGGAAGAGUGGGGAGGAGGGCGGGCAGCUGGAGGAGCGGGAGGAGGAGGAUGCGGCGGCCUGGUUCAUGUCUGCUGAUGCUGAUACUGAUGGAGAUGCUGAUGCUGGUGCUGGUGCUGGUACUGGCGCUGAAGCUGUUGGGGCUGACCUGGUAGACGGUGUGGAUGGGCAGGGGGAAGCCACGGCUCCUGGUGUUGGUUCUGAUGCCACCGCACUUGAUACAGCCGUGGAGGGAGGUGAUGAGGGGGCCGGUGGAGCGAUGGUAAGUGGAGAUGGCGUGGAGGGGGGAGAAGGGCAGUGGAGUGGAGCAGGUGAUCAGACAGUGGGGGAGCAAGCGUGGCAGGCAUAUGAGGAUGGCCAGGCUGGAUGGCAGCACGCGAGUGGGGGGCAGGGCGAGGGGCAGUAUGCAGGCCAGGGCGAGGGACAGUAUGGCGGGCAGGUGGAGGGCCAGUAUGGGGGGCAGGGAGACGGGCAGUAUGCAGGUCAGGGGGAGUUGACAGCGGAACAGUGGGAGGAGCAGCAGCGGCAGUGGGCAGAGGCGUACCCUGGCUGGUACUGGGACUACGUAGCAGGCGAAUGGAGGCAGAUCGAAGGCUAUGUGCCACCUGCUGCUGCUGACACCGCUGCUGUAGCAGAUGCCUCUGCUGCAGCACAAGCAGAUCCUGCAGCAGCAGCAGCAGCAGCAGGCGACGCUACAGCAGCAGACGCCACGGAGCAUGCCGUGAUGGAGGCAGUGUCAUUAGAGCAGGUUCCUCCCGAAGCAGAGGCAGCGGUGGGUGAGUCGUUGGUCGCUGAUCCUUCAGCCGCUUGGUCUGACGCACCACACGCAGAGGCAUGGCAAGGAGCAGGAGAGGCGAUGGCGGGUGGGUGGGAUGGAGCAGAGGGAAUGCAUGUGGAGGAGAUACGUCAGGCUGAGAUGGUCGAGGGGGAUUCAGCUGCUGCCGGUACAUCUGAGCUUCAGCCAGUUCUGAUGGCAGAAGGUGAACAAGGCAAGGAGCAGGCAGAGAGCAGUGUGCAGGAGGGGGUUACAGGAGUGGGCGGGGGUGAGCAGCUGCCAGUCAGUCCUGCUCUGCAGCCCCUGUCCUUCGAUGCCGCUCCUCCUCUGCCUCUCCUUCCUGACUCCCAACCCACCGUUCCCCCGCUCUCCUCUGAGCUCACUCAGGUGGGCGCGGGGAUGGAUAGUGGGGAGGAGCUGCGUGUGUGUGAGGGAGGCGAGGCAGGGGGGGCGGAGGUUGCUGAGGAACGGGCUGCGGUGACGGACGCAGCGGGUAUGGAAGUGGGAAGUGCGGGUGGUGUGGGCGAGAGUGGGCAUGAUGCGUUUGACGCAGAGGGAGGCGCGGGGCAGGGGGAUGCUGACGUGCGGAUGGGGGAGCAGGGGCAGAUGGCAGGUGAAGCGGCAUGGGAGAACGAGCAGCAACAGGAGGGGCACCAGCAGGUGGAGGGCCAGGGAGUAGAGGCAGCGGCAGUUGGUGAGUCGGGGGUUAUCGCGACGGAGUACCCGGGGUGGGUGGUGGACGCUGUUACUGGCGAGUGGCGGCAGGUGGGCGAGGCGGCGCCAACAGCAGCAGAUGGGGCUGGCGGUGAGGCAGCAGGGGGGGAGGCCAUCGCGCUGCAGUACCCCGGGUGGCGCUGGGAUGGCCUGCUGGGCCAGUGGGUGCCGGACGACCGGCCAGAGUCUUCUGCGACAGGUGCUGCUGCAGAUGGGGCUGACGCUUCUCCAGACUUGGCUGAUGCUUCUGCUGGAACGGCGUUAACAGUAGAGGCUGUAGCGGUGGAGGCUGUAGGAGCGGAGACUGUAGCUGAAGGUGCAGUGGCGGCAGGCGUGGCAUUAAGUGAGUCCACUGCAGGGGAGCAGGAGUGGGUCCCGGGGCAAGAAGCAAGGGAGCCUGUAGUCGAGGGGUCGGAGUGGAUGGAAGCAGGGGGGGAAGAGGUGGUGGAUGCAGCAGCGGGAGAGGAGGGCAUGCGGGUUGCACCACCAGAGGCAAUGAGCGGUGCAGCAGCAGGGGGUGCAGAGGUCGACGGUAGUCAGAGUGAGGCAGUUGCAACGCAGGUAUUGGAUUCAGCUGAGAGUGGAAUUGAGGAUCCCGCAGGGAGUUCAGCAGAGUACCUGGCGCCAGAGGAGCAAGUGUUGUCAGCAGGAGUAGAAGCAUUGGAGGCACAGGGAUGGGAGGCAGAUGGGGCAGGCAGUGAGGCAACAGCAGCGGGUGCAGUGGUGAGUGCAUUCACUGAGGGUGCGGAGACAGCGAGAAGUGAGGCAAUUGCAACGCAGUACCCCGGGUGGAUGUGGGAUCCUCUCACGGGCCAGUGGGUGCCCACAGGCGAGCAGCCAGCUGUAGCUGCCGAAUCUGCUGCUGCCGACUCUGCUACUGCUGGCUAUGCUGUUGCUGAUGACAUGGGCGAGAAUGUGGCUCUGGUAGGCGCGGAAGGAAUGGCAGUCGGGGGUCAAGCAGGGGGGGCAGCAGCCGUGGUGGCGGGGGAGGGGUGGCCUGAGAGUGAGGUGAGUGGGGCAGCGGUAGACUGGGCAGCAGAGGCGGUUGAGGGGGGCGUGGAGGGGUCGUUUGUGGGGUUUGAGGCGGAGGGGCACAUGGUGAGUGAGGCAGGUGGGGAGGCGAUGGAGGGGCAGGCAGGUAGUGCAGGCGGGGAGGCAGAUGGCAAGGCGGAGGCAGACGGAUUUGCGGAUGUUGGUGUUGAGGCUGUAGCUGAAGCUGAGGUCAGUGCUCCAGAGGUGGAUGAGGUUUCGGAGGCAGUUGUGGGGACAGAAGAGGGAGAGGGAGGGCAGCACGUAGGGGAAGAAGCGGUGGAGGGGUGGACAGACGGGCUGCAGGCGCUGGAUGCAGUGGCAGAUGCAGCAGCAGUUGAUGCGGCUGUUGCUGCUGCUGGUGUUGCUGCUAGUGUGGGUGCUGAGGAGACGGCAGCUGGACUCACAGCAGAGGCGGAGGGUGCUUCCGUGGAGCCCUUCUGGGCGGACGCAGGGCCCGCGGAGGGAGGCUAUGGGGAGGCGCUGGGGGUGGGCGCAGGUGGUGCAGAGGAGGCAGUGGGAGAGGGCGGCGCAGGGAUGGCAGCAGUGGUGGCGGCAGAGGCAGAGGGCGCGGAGGCAGGAGGGUAUGAGGCGAUAGCAACGCAGUACCCUGGGUGGAUGUGGGAUCCUCUCACGGGCCAGUGGGUGCCCACAGGCGAGCAGCCCGCUGUAGCAGAUGCGGCUGAAGCAGCUGACGCUGGUGGAGAAGUUGAGGUCACGGGAGCAGACGCUGCUACAGCUGCAGUGAGUGGGUGCGAAGAAGGCGAUGCAGUGCCUGAGGCAGAAGCUGCAGCAGCAGCAGCAGUAGAUGCAACAGUAACAGGGGCGGCGAUAGGGAUGGGAGAGAGCGACGGGGUAUUUGAGGAGCAGGACCUGUCAGCGGACUCGGGGCCGGCUGUGGAACCAUUGGCAACUGAGGCGGAUGCAUGCGUGCCUGAGGCGGCUGUUGUGGCAGAGGAUAUAGCAGGGCAAGAGGAAACGGCAGGACAAGAAGGAUUAGCAGGAGAGGAGGGUACAGCAGGCGCAGGAGGCGUUUUUUGGAAGGAGGAGGUGGUGGAGGCAGCUGCUGUGGCAGCCCCUUGGGAAGCAGUGGGUGGGUCGACAGAAGCUGAUUUUGGGGAUUGGGGUGAGAGAAGUACGGCGAGUGGGAUGGGGGCUGAAGGUGGGAAGGAGAAUGCGGGUGGGAUAAGCGCAUCACUGUUGCGUGCGGCAGGUGAGGUCGCUGGGGCUGAGGUGGCGGGUGGAGAGGCACAGGCACAGGCACAGGCACAGGCAGAGGCAGAAGCAGAGACGGAGGCAUUCGCGGUGGGUGGGGAGGCAGCUGGGGAUGGCGUUAUCGCGACGGAGUACCCGGGGUGGGUGGUGGAUGCAGUGACAGGCGAGUGGCGGCAGGUGGGCGAGGCAACGCCAGCAGCAGCAGAUGGCGCAGCAGCAGCAGAGGGGGCUGGCGAUGCGGCGGGCAGCAGCAGCGCAGCAGCAGCAGGGGGGGAGGCCAUCGCGCUGCAGUACCCCGGGUGGCGCUGGGAUGGCCUUAUUGGACAGUGGGUGCCGGAUGACCAGCCAGAGUCUGCUGCUGAUGGGGCUGAAGCUGUGGCGGCAGUGGCAGCUAUGACUGAGGGCGAGGCCGCAGAGACAGCUGCAGUGGAGGCGUUGGGUGAAGCAGCAGAGAGCUCAGGCAUGGAGGGUCUGGGUGGGGAGGCAGGGGUCGUUGAAGGUGGGGCAGAGGGGGGAGUGAUAGCAACCGAGUACCCGGGGUGGAGGUGGGACCCUGUGGUGGGUCAGUGGCUGCCCACAGACGAGCAGGUGCCUUCUGGUGCAGGCGCAGCUGCUGCUGCAGACGAAGCUACUGCUGCCGCUGUGGAGGCGGUGAGUGGCGCAGGGGACGAGGCAGCAGCGGUGGCUGGCAGUGUGGUAACAGGGGGGGAGAGUGCAGGCAGUGUGGGUGCGGAAGGUGCAGGCGUUGGGGCGGCGGAGGCGGAUGAGUGGGCUCAGUUUGAAGAGACGGUGCCCAAGGAAGGGGAGGCAGAGGGGGGAGCUGCAGCAGACUCAGGCAGUGCGGGGGCGUCUCAGGGCGAACCUGGCAUGCAGCUGUCGUUUGAGGCAGCUCCCCCCCUCCCUGGCCUCGCCCCGCCUCCGGACUCUCUUGCUCCUGCAACUGAGGACGCGCAUGCGCCUGGGACUGCUCUUGCUGCAAGCGCAGAGGCAGGUGGGGAGGAUGACGCACAGGGAGUAGAGGCAGGUGCGGCUUCAGCAGUGAGUGCAGCCGGUGCAAUUGCAGGAGGCGAGAUGGCAGGUGGAGCAGGGGCGGGCGAGGCAGGGGCAUGGGCGCAGCAGGAUUGGAGCCAGUGGGGGCAGACGGAGUAUGAUGCUUACAAUGCUUGGUACUACCAGCAGCAGCAGCAGGCACAGGAAGGGGAGGGGCAAACACAAGCCACAGAGUAUGGCAGUACAGAGGCAGUGGCAGCACAGAGUGCAGCAGCAGCAGGGGUUAAUGGGGAGGCAGUGGCAGCAGAGGGUGCAUCCUCGUACCCUCCCACAGCAGACAGCCUGCUCGCCCCCACCUCCUCGCAGCCGCUGCAGCAGCCGCCAGUGUCCAUGCAGCCACAGCCGUUCCUGCCCGCGCCCGCCCCAUGGGGGGAGGGCAGCGCAGCAGAGGUGCAGGGCGGCAGCAGCUACCCUGGUGGGUCGUCUCAGCCUGACCCUGGGUACGGCCCUGCAGGCUCGCGCUACAGCCAGCCGGACCCUGGGUACAGCCAGCCCCAGCUACACGCCCCCUGGGUGCCAGGCACGGCAGGGAAGCCUGCAGUGGGGCUCAUGGUACCAUCCGCCCCAUACUCACAGCAGCAGCAGCAGCAACAAGCACAGCAGUCGGCAGGAGUUGGGGGGUAUGCACAGGGGUACCAGGGGUACCAGCAAGGGUACCAGUACGGGCUGUACGAUCAGCACCAGCAGCAGUACCAGCCGGUGCAGUACAACCACGUGCCGCCCACCAGCACAGCGGAGGCGGUGCUGUCGUCUGCGGGCCGCCCGCCGCACACGCUGCUGGCGUUUGGGUUCGGAGGCAGGGCGGCCGUGGUGGUGCCUGGCAGCUCGCUCGGACAGACCAUGGGCUCGCAGGGGCAGGUGGAGCUGUCCCCGCCAGUGCAGCCAACGCUGAAGCUGCUCCCCCUGCCGCACCUGCUCAGCCUCGAAGCCCACGAUGGCGUCUCCACUGCCACCAGCACCGCCGGCUCACUCUACCUCGCCCCUCUCACUGGCAAGCACGCGCACAAUGGGCCGCUGACAGCUGGCGGCAUGUCGGCCAAGGAGCUGAGCAAGUGGCUGGAGGAGCGGGCGGAGCGGAGCGGCGAGGAGGAGGAGGCGGAGGCAGGGGGCGGUGGGGGUGCAGGGGGUGCGGAGAGGGCGGAGAGUUUGGUGCUGCUGUGGCGGGUGCUGCGAGUGGCAUGCCAGUUCUACGGGCAGUUGAGGCGGGACGGCAUGGGCAGUCGCUCCGCACAGGGCGAGUCAUCGCCAGAGGCAGAGCUAGCCAAGGUAUUGGCAGCGGCAGGGGCUGGACCCAGCACUGCUACAGCCGCCCCUGCUGCUGCUACAGCCGGGCCCUUCCCAUCGGUGGCAGCGCCGGCAGCAGCAGUGGCUCCCAUGGCGCCAUACGCCUCUGCAUGGUCGCCCCUGCCUGCUGCCGCCUCUGCUGCUGCACGAGUGUCGGACCUCCAACUGCCCAUCCCCACUGAGGCUGCAGUUCAGGCGGCAGCACAGGAGGUGAAGCAGCAUCUGGUGGCAGGGAGGCACAUGCAGGCGCUGGAGGCAGCCAAGGCGGGCCACCUGUGGGGGUUGGCGCUGCUGCUUGCGCAGCACAUGGGCGGCCCCUCUGACACGCGCCUCUUCCUCUCCACAGCACAGGCCAUGGCGGCGCAGCACAGUGGGAGCAGCGACGAGGGUGUGCGAGCAAUGGUGGCGGAGUGGAGGGAGAAUGUGGCGCUGAUGGCAGCGACGCGCACGAGUGGCGAUGAGAGAGUCAUCUCCCACCUGGGCGACUGCCUGUGGCGCCUCAAGGGGGACGUGGCCGCAGCACACAUCUGCUACCUCGUGGCAGCAGGCAGUUUGGAGCCCUUCUCCUCCUCGGCACGCAUGUGUCUGCUGGGCACGGAUCACCUGAAGCACCCGCGCACGUUUGUGACGGCACAAGCCAUUCAGCGCAGUGAGGUGCUCGAGUAUGCGUUUGUUCUUGGCAACCCGCAGUUUGUGCUGCUCCCCUUGAUGCCAUUUAAGCUUGUUUACGCUGCCAUGCUGGCCGAAGCAGGCCGCCCGGCCGCCGCCCUCAAGUACUGUAGCGCGGUGCUGAAGAUGCUCAAGGCGGGCGGCAGGGGGCGGGGAGUGGCGGCGGAGGUGGAGGGGUGGAGAGCAGCAGCGGAGCUGAUGGAGGAGCGACUCAAGGUGCAUGUGCAGGGGGCAGGGGGGGGCGGGGUCGCUGCAGCACGCGUGUUUGGUGAUCUCAUGAGUUUCCUUGACAGGGGCGCUAGGAAGAUUGUCGGUGGGGGCCCUGCUGCUACGCCUCUUGCGCCAGGUGUCGCAUCGGCAUUGGGUGGAGGCGCCAUGGGGGACAUUGUGCCUGGAGGGGCUGGUAGCAAGCCGAGCUUGGGAGAGUCGUCUCGGUUUGGUUCGGCGCCGAACCUGGGGGUGGCUGGGAAGGCUAGUACGACAGGGGGAGGGGGGUGGUGGGGCCUGGGCAAGCGUGCCAUUCCUGCGUCCACGUCAUCCCCGGGCCUGCACAGCGCGUCCGGUCCGAACCUGGUAGGCUUGGCGGAGGGGCAGGGUGGAGGUGCCAGUGAAGCAGCUCCGGGUAGUGAAGGUGGUGUGGCGAGCAGCUACAGUGCUGCCGCUGCUGCGAUGUCUGCUAGUGAUGGGACGACAAGUGGCUGGUCUGAUGGUGCCAUGGGUGCCGCAGCGGGGGCAGGAGCACAGGGAGCAACGGGAGGGGAGCAGGUCAGUGCGUGGAGCGGAGGGGCGAGUGGGGGAGUGCAAGGGACAGCAGGUGGUGCCAGUGAGUGGGGGCAGGGGGUGGCGCAGGCAGGGCAGGUGGAGCAGAACGAGCUGGCUUCACAGCAGUAUGGUGGUUACUCUGGAGCGCAGGAGCAAGGGGAACAGCAGACAGGCACAGGGGCAGGCGAGAUGCAAGGGGGUGAGAGGGAGGGUGGGGGGGAGGGCGAGUGGCACGAUGCAGCGGCUGAGGUGUUAUCUGACACCUCUGACUCCGCUGCCUGCACUCCCCUCUCCUCCUCCUCCACCCCUGCCACCACUGCUGACAUGCCCCCCAUCGCCCUCUCCCCGGCCUACGGCACGCCCAUGGGGGAUAGCAGUGCAGCAGCAGCAGGGGGAGCAGGGGGGGCGAGCAGCAGGGCAGGGGAGGCGGUGCCUGCUGCAUCCCAGACGCCGGCUAUCAAGGAGGACGAGCCUCUCUCCAUGGCAGCGUUUGCCGCGGAGUGGCACGGCACACCCAGUGCAGCAGGGUGGGGGUCAGGGCACCUCACACCCAUCAGGGAGUCCCCCAGCGGGGAGGGCGAUGCUGACUUUGUGCCCCAGGCCCAGCCUGCCCUCGUGCCGCGCUCCCAGUCCGCCUCCGCUGCAGAUCUACCCGCCCCAGAUGCACCUGCCGCCAAGAAGGCGGCCCCGCGCAGCAGAUUCUCCCUGGCUGGGCUGCUGGGCGGGCACCCCAGUAAAGUGAGCCCGCAGGACAUGGCCGAGGGGAGCACUGAUGCCGCACUCACUGGGACGAGUGGGAAGGCGGCAGUAGGGAGCGGCGAUGGGGCUAGUGCGGGUGGGCCGUCGUCCUCCUCCUCGUCAGCGUCGCUGCUUGCCACGUCAUCGUCCAUGGGGCUGGUGACAGAGGAGGCGGUGGAGGGGCUGCUCGCUACGGGCGCUGGCAUGUCCAACAAGCGCAGCGCCUCCGCUCCUGACAUGGGACAGGCCGUGCCGGCCAAGGGCAGCAAGGGCGGAGGAGGCAAGCCGCCAGCAGCGCCAGGGGGGAAGGGGUUGGGGCGCCUUUUUGGGUACUUCUGGGGGGGCGGCUCUGCUGCUGGGAGCUCAGGGGGAGGAGGCGCAAGCGGGAAGCAGGCGAAGCUGGGCAGCGAGAACACGUUCUAUUUCAACGAGAAGCUGAAGCGGUGGGUGGAGCGAGGCAAGGAGGACGAGGUCGUGGAAACCACCCUCGCCCCGCCCCCCACCACCUUCGCCUUCGCCCCUGCCGCUCCCGGCACCUCCAACUCCGCUGACCCUCCUGCCACCACCCCUGCUGCUGCUGCUCCUGCUGCUGACGGUGCGCCGUCUGCUACGUCUGCACCGCCAGCUGUCCAUUCAGCAGCUCCUCCUGCGCCAGCUGCUGAUUCCACGUCAGCACCGGCCAGCUCAGCAGCGAAGCCCGGCCCGCCACUGGCUUACGCUGGCAGCUUUGGGCGGCGCAGUGCUGUGCGCUCCAGGUACGUGGACACAUUCAACAAGGGCGCCACACCUGCACUCACGCCUGCCGCGUCGCUGCUGCCGUCCAUCCCGCGCCCCAUGCCUGCUGCUGCUGGGGCAGCAGCAACGCCAGCAGCAGGGGGCCCACCAAAGUUCUUCAUGCCUGCCGCCCCCAUGGCAGUCAUGACCCCUGCCCCGGCUCAAAUGGGUGAGGCGAGCAGCAUGGAAGGGAUGGGUAAUGGAGUGGAGUCAUCAGGUGGGGCUGCUGUGGCAGGUGGUGAGUCGAAUGAAUCGGGAGCAGCACCUGGUGCUCCUGUGCCUGGGCCCAUGGCACCUGCAGGCAUGGCGGUGGGGGCACCGCCUAGAGCAGCAGCGGGGGCAGGCAGGGCGGGGCAGAGAGUGGGUGGGCAAGGAGGUGCAGGGGCACAGCAGCACAAGGGCGUGUGGGCCGCGCAGGGGUACAUGGCAGCUGCUCCUCCCAUGCUGCCCCCGGGGGCUCAGGCUGCACUGGGAGCACCGGGAGCACUGGGAGCAGUGGGAGCGGUGCAAGGGUUUGCAAGCAGUGGCGCAUGGGGUGGUGCUGCGGGGGAUGGCAGCAACAAUGGCUUCCCAGGGGCUGAUGACAUGCAGCAGGUGGAGCUGUGA